AUGCCGGAAUCUAAGGACAAAAUCACUCAAGAGUCCCUAUCCUAUAAGGCCGACUUUAGAGACCUAAACGGUACUGGUUUCCAGAUUGGGCAGAAUUUUGGUGUUAUCAAUCUUAACCCCCCCGCCGCCAUGAACAACAUUGGUUCCUCUGCCGUCAACAACACUAAUCCCCUUGCUGCCAAUAACACUGGUUCUACUGCUGCAGAUAACACCGGUUCCUCUGCUGCCAACACCACUGGUUUCCCUGGUAUUAUCCCCAACAUCCAGAGCAUUUUCCAGCCUGGUAGCAUUCAGAAUACUGGUUCUGGGAACAUUAUUGGCUAUGUUCAAUGGCAAACGUUCAACAACUAUUACCAAGCAGGUUUGUCCAAACCCUGA